AUGAGUGACAAGUCAGGAAAAAUGAAAAAUUUUUCACUGGUGGCUAAGAAGAUAAUUGAAGCUAUCUGCAUAGGCUGGUUUACUGCAGAGUGCAUUGUGAGGUUCAUCGUCUCCAAAAACAAGUGUGAGUUUGUCAGAAGACCACUCAACAUCAUUGAUUUACUGGCAAUUACUCCUUACUACAUCUCUGUUCUAAUGACAGUUUUCACAGGGGAAAAUCCGCAGCUUCAGAGGGCUGGAGUCACCUUGAGGGUCUUAAGAAUGAUGAGGAUUUUUUGGGUGAUUAAACUGGCUCGUCAUUUCAUUGGCCUUCAAACACUUGGUCUGACUCUGAAGCGUUGUUACAGAGAGAUGGUGAUGCUACUUGUCUUUAUCUGUGUUGCUAUGGCAAUUUUCAGUGCACUUUCCCAGCUUCUUGAAAACGGGCUGGACUUGGGAACAAAGAAUAAGGAUUAUGCCAGCAUUCCUGCUGCUUGUUGGUGGGUGAUCAUCUCAAUGACCACGGUUGGUUAUGGUGACAUGUGUCCCAUCACUGUACCAGGAAGAAUUCUUGGAGGAAUUUGUGUGGUUAGUGGCAUUGUUUUACUAGCCUUGCCAAUCACUUUCAUUUAUCACAGCUUUGUGCAGUGUUACCAUGAGCUCAAGUUCCGAUCCGCUAGGUACAGUAGAAGCCUCUCUGCUGAAUUCUUAAAUUGA